AUGAGAUAUUAUUUUUACGACUAUUGGCUGAAAGAGUGCGACCCCAGGACUCGCACCCACUUUAUAUCCCGUGGCGGACCCGAGCGAUGUCUGGCCAUAAUGUUAUUAUGGCUAUUGUUUGUGACCAGAUUGGGGCCGAAUAUGAUGCGCAACCGAAAGCCUAUGGACUUACGAGGGGUGAUAUUGGGGCCGAAUAUGAUGCGCAACCGAAAGCCUAUGGACUUACGAGGGGUGAUGUUUGUCUACAACACAUUUAUGGUGGCAAUCAAUGGCUACUUCUUCGUGCGGUCCAUACUAUGGCUCGAUUUUGGCCAAAAGCUACUGGACUUUGAAUUCCCGGCGAACGACGACUACAGCCCUAAGACUCUGAACAAGAUUGACGAACACGUCAUGUAUUGUUAUACAAAAUACAUUGACUUAUUGGACACCAUAUUCUUUGUGCUCCGCAAGAAAAACACUCACAUCUCGUUUCUGCACGUAUAUCACCAUUUCAUGGUACCGGUGCUCGCGUGGGUGGUGUUAAAAAUAGCGCCCACGGUGGUGCCAAUCGGCGUAUUCACCUUGCUCAAUACAUUCGUCCACACAUUUAUGUACUCGUAUUACGCUCUGUCGGCGUUCGGGCCCGGAAUGCACCGGUAUUUAUGGUGGAAGCGGUACAUCACGAUCGCACAGAUCAUACAGUUUGCCAUUUUCAUCACAUACGGUGUGUUCAGCAUUUUUCUCAGCAAUGGUUAUCCCAGAGCUCUUUACUGGUCG